AUGCCAGAUCUCGGGCACCCACAAAGUCAGGCGCGAGAAUGGUUUGAGCCAUUGCUCGUGGUCACAAUCAUGGUCACAUCUUUAAUAGUCAAUCGAGACCGAGACUUCAGCCUGUUUCCCGGCCGCGGCGACGACCUGAGCGAGUCCCUCAUGAAACGUGAAGACGAGUUUGGCAGCUCCUCAUCCAGAUCCGCCAGCCCAGAUGGACCGAAGAACAGCGUGGACUUGCAGCGCUCCGAGUCAGGUCCAAUUGACAGCGCGAAACUCAACAUACCCAGUCGGAUCCUGCAGAAAUUCCCCUUCCUGGUCGAGAUGUUCUACUGGGCUCUGAAUUUUGUGGCCUACUCCAUGACCAAGAAGAUUGGCGCAGGAUUGUAUGACAGAUAUGGAGGCCAUGCAGUGACGGAGAUGGCCCAAGAUCACGGCAUUGCCAUCUUGAACAUUGAGCACAACUCGCCGCUGAGCAUCUUCUUCCCUGUCACCGAAGUCGACUUCCAGCAGUACCUCCUUAACGGGCACUUGGGUGUGAUGACCAUCUUCAACCAAAUCUAUUCCCUAGUACAUAUCCCAGGGACUGUAGCCUUUCUUUCUUGGUACUAUUACGUGGCGCCAAACUUCGACACCUUCGCCAUCGUUCGCCGAACCAUGACUCUGGGUAACUUCGCCGCAUUUGCUAUCUUCAGCUUCUACCCAUGCAUGCCACCUCGACUUCUCCCAGAAUCCUUUGGUUUCAAAGACACUGUCCGCCAGGAGCACGCCGAAAGUGUCUGGGUUGGUGGAUCCAACGUCAACCAGCUUGCGGCCAUGCCCAGCUUACAUUUUACAUACGCCUUCAUCAUCGGCUGCACUUUCCUCUACCAGUCCGGCCUCCUACAAAGACUACGUGGAGGUCGCGGCAUGCGAUCGCCGCUGACUUCCUUCGCGUACGUACUUUCGGGAAUCUUCUACCCGAUCUUGGUGCUGAGCGUGAUUGUCGCAACGGCAAACCACUACUACUUGGAUGCCGUUGUUGCGACUUUCAGCGUGACAAUGAGUUUCCUCUGUAACCGCCUCUGGUUGAUUCUCCUCCCCAUUGAGAGCUUCUUGUUGAAACUCCUGCGCUUGAGGAAGCCAAGACCGUCCACCAGGAGAGUGUCUGCACCGGAGCGGUCAGUCGGUGCGCUGGAGGGGAUGGCUUAA